AUGCGACGUUGUUUCUCGACGGCCUCCAAUUACUUUGAACAUCAUUUAAGGAAUGAAUUGGCCGGAAUCAAAGCAGCCGGCACAUUCAAGAACGAGCGUGUCAUCGAGGGAAAACAGGGAGUUCUAGUCAAGGCGAGUGAUUCAAUUCUGAAUGGAAAUGUUCUGAAUGGAAAACGGAUAUUUUAGGUGGCUGGAGCAGACAAACCCGUCAUCAACUUCUGUGCGAACAACUAUUUGGGCCUGAGCAGUCAUCCAGAGGUAUUCGCUGCUGUUAUGCUCAUAUAUAUUAUUCAUUUCUCAAAAGUUAAGGUCAUUGCUGCUGGCCAGAAAGCUCUGGAAACUCAUGGAGCGGGGCUCUCUUCUGUUCGAUUCAUCUGUGGAACUCAGGAUAUUCACAAGGAGUUGGAGCGGAAGAUUGCCAAAUUCCACGGAACCGAGGACGCCAUCCUGUACGCGGCCUGCUUCGAUGCGAACGGAGGAGUUUUCGAAGUGAUGACAGGUCAGAACAACUUCCGAGUAAACAAGGAAUUGGAGUGGUUCAGGGGAGCAAGAUUCAAUCAUUUCGGACGAGUUGAACCACGCGUCAAUCAUCGACGGAAUCCGAUUGAGCAAGGCGAAACGACUGCGCUACAAGCAUCUUGAUCUGUCCGAUUUGGAAGCCAAACUUCAUGAAGCAAAGGGUAGUGUGUUGUGUCAAUACGCCUAUUUCAAACUAUCUUUUCAGACUCGCGGUACCGUCUGAUCGUGACUGACGGUGUCUUCUCAAUGGACGGCGACGUGGCACCACUGGCAGACAUUUCAAACUUGGCUGACAAGUAUUUUCACUCUUGUUGUAUUUCCCUUGAUAGUAUCAUUUCAGGUACAACGCUCUCCUUUUCAUUGACGAGUGUCACGCCACCGGAUUCUUCGGAAAGACCGGGCGAGGAACUGCCGAAGCCGUCGGAGGCCGUCCCCACGUCAUCAACUCAACUCUGGGAAAGGCGCUCGGAGGAUCGAUGGGAGGGUACACAACUGGUCCGAAACCCCUCAUUGAUCUUUUGAGACAGCGCUCGCGGCCGUACUUGUUCUCAAACUCUCUGGCCCCGAGCAUCGUGGGAAGCAGCAUCAAGGUAUCCCGUUUCCGUGUGUUCCUAGUCAAACAAAGCCACUUUGUAUUAGGUAUUCGACCUGCUUAUGAACGAUUCGUCGUUCAUCGGCUCCCUGCAAACAAAUGUUUCGCACUUCCGUAAAAGCAUGGCUGCCAAUGGAUUCAUAAUUCUCGGAAACGAUCCCACUCACCCCAUUUGUCCUGUACUCCUGGGAGAUGCCAAAUUAGCCGCCACGAUGGCUGACGAACUUCUGAAGCAGGGAAUAUAUGUUAUCGGAUUCUCGUAUCCUGUCGUUCCGAAAGGAAAAGCCAGAAUUAGAGUGCAAAUUUCGGCUGCUCAUUCCAAACAACACAUUGACCAGCUCAUCGAAGCAUUCGCGACAGUAGGAAAAAAGUUGAAUGUAGUCUAA